CCCGGGAGGGUGAGUAGGGCCGGCUGCCUGAGCAGGAUUGCCGCCUUCUCGGAGCCGGAGACCCUCCCUUGAAUCCCGCACUGGGACGCCUCACCCUCUCGCGGCACCUGUUGCAGGUGACAGGGUGAUUUCAUCACAGGCAUGCCAUGCACUGAUCAGUGCUGUGCUGAAUACUCAAGGGAGACCCUCAGCAGCUCUUCAAAGAUCUAUGUGCAGCUGUCUCAGACUAAGAUGCUUAUGCUGAGAGACUCAACCCUCUUCCAGAGUCAUGAAUAAGUUCUUCUUCUUGAAAAAUCAAAGCCUCCUCAUUUUCAGGGCAGGAUUCAGGUGGGAGUAAGAAUGGCAACUCUGGUGGCUCUCCUGGUCUGGUUGCUUUGAAGAAAGAAGAGUAGAAGAAAAAAUAGGAUAAAUCAUGUCAGAGAUACUUGAUCUCUCUUUUCUGUCUGAGGUGGAGAGGGAUUUGAUUCUCAGUGUUCUACAACGAGAUGAAGAGCUCCGGAAAGCAGAUGAGAAAAGGAUCAGGCGACUGAAGAAUGAGCUACUGGAGAUAAAAAGGAAAGGGGCCAAGAGGGGCAGCCAACACUAUGGUGAUCGGACCUGUGCCCGGUGCCAGGAGAGCCUGGGCCGUUUGACUCCCAAGACCAACACUUGUCGGGGUUGUAAUCACCUGGUGUGUCGGGACUGCCGCAUCCAGGAAAGCAAUGGUACCUGGAGGUGUAAGGUGUGCACCAAGGAAAUAGAGCUGAAGAAGGCAACUGGAGACUGGUUUUAUGACCAGAAAAUGAAUCGCUUUGCUUAUCACACAGGCAGUGAGAUAAUUAGGAUGUCCCUGCGCCGUAAGCCUGCAGUGAAUAAAAGGGAGAUGCUGGGACAGCCCCUUCUUCAUCAGUCACAGAUGGAUGAUAUCUGGCCGGGAAGAAAGAUCAUUCAGGAGCAACAGAAGAAGCCCAGUGUGCCAUUUGAAGUGCCCAAGCCGAAAAGUGGAAAGAGUGCACUGGAGGCUGAGAGCGAGAGUCUGGAUAGCUACACAGCUGACUCGGAUAGCCUGUCAAGGAGAGACUCUCUGGAUAAAUCUGGCCUCUUUCCAGAAUGGAAGAAGAUGUCUGCCCCUGCACCUCAAGUGGAAAAGGAAACUCAGCCUGGGGGUCAAAAUGUGAUAUCUGUUGAUGAGGGUGAGAUGAUAUUUAAGAAGAACACCAGAAAAGUCCUCAGGCCUUCAGAAUAUACUAAAUCUGUGAUUGAUCUUCGCCCGGAAGAUGUGGGACAUGAAAGUGGCUCCUUGGGAGACAGAAGCAAAUCUGUCCCAGGCCUCAGUGUAGAUAUGGAAGAGGAAGAGGAAGAAGAAGACAUUGACCAUCUGGUGAAGCUGCAUCGCCAGAAGCUAGCUAGGAGCAGCAUGCGAAGUGGUUCCUCCAUGAGUACAAUUGGCAGCAUGAUGAGCAUCUAUAGUGAAGCUGGCGACUUUGGCAACAUCUUUGUGACUGGCAAGAUUGCCUUUUCCCUGAAGUAUGAGCGGCAAACACAGACUCUGGUCAUCCACGUGAAGGAGUGCCACCAGCUGGCGUACGCUGAUGAAGCUAAGAAGCGCUCUAACCCAUACGUGAAGACUUACCUUCUGCCUGACAGGUCCCGCCAAGGAAAAAGAAAAACCAGCAUCAAGCGGGACACCACCAAUCCACUGUAUGAUGAGACCCUCAGAUAUGAGAUCCCAGAAUCUCUUCUGGCCCAGAGGACUUUGCAGUUCUCAGUUUGGCAUCAUGGUCGUUUUGGCAGAAACACUUUCCUUGGAGAGGCAGAGGUUCAAAUGGAUUCCUGGAAGCUUGAUAAGAAACUGGAUCAUUGCCUCCCUUUACACGGAAAGAUCAGUGCUGAGUCCCCGACUGGCUUGCCAUCACACAAAGGCGAGUUGGUGGUUUCAUUGAAAUACAUCCCAGCCUCCAAACUCCCUAUUGGAGGUGACCGGAAAAAGAGUAAAGGUGGGGAAGGGGGAGAGCUCCAGGUGUGGAUCAAAGAAGCCAAGAAUCUGACAGCUGCCAAAUCAGGAGGGACUUCAGACAGCUUUGUCAAGGGAUACCUCCUUCCCAUGAGGAACAAGGCCAGUAAGCGUAAAACUCCUGUGAUGAAGAAGACCCUGAAUCCCCACUACAACCACACAUUUGUCUACAAUGGUGUGAGGCUGGAAGAUCUACAGCACAUGUGCCUGGAACUGACAGUGUGGGACCGGGAGCCCCUGGCCAGCAAUGACUUCCUGGGCGGGGUCAGGCUGGGUGUUGGCACUGGGAUCAGUAAUGGGGAAGUGGUGGACUGGAUGGACUCGACUGGGGAAGAAGUGAGCCUGUGGCAGAAGAUGCGACAGUACCCAGGGUCUUGGGCAGAAGGGACUCUGCAGCUGCGUUCCUCGAUGGCCAAGCAGAAGCUGGGCUUAUGAGUCCCUGUCCUUCUCUGCAGGUCCAGCCCUGUCCAGGGCAAGUCGGAGGAAGUGAAGAAACCAAGAGCAAAGAUUUAUAAUUUUGUGUGUGUGUGUGUACGUGUGUGUGUUAUGUAUGUGUGUGUAUAAACAUGUAUUUCUACAAUUCUUAUUAUGCUAGAGUGAUGCAGACUUGUUCCCCUUUUUAAAGCAGGCUCAAGACUAAGGGUCUGUUCAAAAUGUUUUUAUUUGUGCAUAAUCUAGUAUAUAUCCAGAGUCCAUGCUUAUGUCUUUAUGGUGUUUAAUUAACUUAAAAAUCCUUUAAAACAAGUUCUUUAUCUCCUGUCUGGCAAACCGUUUCCUCCUUCCCCAGGAAGCCCUGGCUAUCUUUGGCAUUCCCACAGGUCUGUGUUUCAAGGUGUGCCUGGUCUGAGGCCAAGGCUCUGGGAAGCAGGGUUGGGUUACUAAAGACAGGAGAAGAUGGGAGAGAGGUGAGUAGGUCUGCCCCCUUCCUUUCCAAUUUCUGUUUUUAAACUCCAUUUUUACCCUGAUACAUUUCUGGAACUUGGCUUUUAACUCUUCUUGCUCUUAAGCAGUUUCCAUAGUGCUUGGGUCUCAUGGUUUUCUUUGAAAUGCUAAGAAAGUUCCUAAGUUCCUUCCAGCUCCAGAAACCUUCACUAGACCUUUAGGGGACCCUCGUAAUGGAGCUGCUUUAGAAAAACACUUUAAUUAGGUAGUGACUGAGUCAUGGACGUGCCCAAAAUGGCUUCUCAGUGGUCUCAUAGGACCAGAGUGGCUGAGAGUGAAAUGUCUCCCAGCCUGUGCUGGAUCUUUGCAUUGUAUACAGAUACAGCUGUUCUUGGAGAACUCCUCAUAUCUCCAAUAAAAGACAUCUUCCCCCUCAUAUGCCACAUGUUCCUUAGCAUUUGUGUCCACGGUGUGGUACCACACAGAAUACGGUCUACAUACCAUUAUGCCAGCCAGAAUAGCCAAGUACUGUCUAAACUGGCCCAGUGUUGGGGCGCCUGGGUGGCUCAAUUGGUUAAGCCACUGCCUUCGGCUCAGGUCGUGAUCUGGGGGUCCUGGGAUGGAGUCCCCCAUCAGGCUCCCUGCUCCUUGGGGAGCCUACUUCUCCCUCUGCCUCUUCCCCUCCCCCCUGCUUGUGCUCUCUCUCUCGUUCACUCUCGCUCUCUCAAAUAAAUAAAAAUCUUUAAAAAAAUAAACUGGCCCAGUGUUUCUCCAGACUGGGCACUGUUAGUACUCUAAGAGAAUGUGUUUAGAGAAUCUCCUAGUUAUUCUGACUUCCUUCUUGAGGUAACUUCAGUUUCUAUUUUUCCUAUUGUUUCCUAAACUUGACCUAGAUAUAAAGUGGGUGUGAUGUGUUGAGACCUUUCUAGGAAGGGUCUGGUGACCUGAGCCUCAUUUUCUGAAACUCACUGUACCAGACUGACCUUUUUAUCCUUGCAAGUGUACCUACACAAAGUUGUUUGUGAAAGGAGUCUAUACCAGAGAAGAAAUCCCUUUUGGUAGAGUCUGCUGAUUUCUCCUAUAAGAGGCCCUUAGAUCGAGGGCAGUUCCCGUGGUUUCUACUGUAUGGGUGAUCUGAAUGGAGGAGUGUUUUUAAAAGGUUUGUUUGGUAUGGAUUGAUAUUGUAAUGGAAAGCAUAAUUUGGAAUCCUGGCCUGUAACUCGCUCCUUUGUUCUCCAACCCCUGAAAUGUACGUGUGCGUCAAUAAAGCUUUCUCACUUGUCAA